AUGACCGACGCAGGACCUGAGAUAACCUUCGGCCAAAUCGACGUCGACCUAGACAUCCAAGGAAUCCUCCUCGCCUCCUCACAACACGAUCUCGCACAACUCCGCCGUCUCGUCCGCACACAAUCCUCUCUCCCGGAUGCCGCAAACGUCAAAGACCCCGAGACAGGCUAUACACCCCUCCACUCCGCAAUCGCGGCCUGCGAGCCCGAUACCGACGAGACAGAGACCAAUGGCGCAGCUAAACCACCAAUCGACCCCGAGACUCUCAAGUCCGGCGUCAAUACUGUCAAGCUCUUGCUCGAGGAAGGCGCUAUUUGGAACGAUCUAGACAACAAUAACGAAACGCCCGGCUGUCUCGCGCGUCGCAUCGGCGCAACAGAGCUAUACGAACUCAUCGUUGACGCAGGCGUGCGUGCGGAAAUGCUUCUAAACCGAUUGGACGGGUACGAAGAACUCUCGGAAGACGAGGACGACGAAGAAGACGACGUGAAAGAGAGCGGGGCCCAAGCCGACGACGAGACAGCGCCUGAAUUAGUCGAAGUAUCCGCCGAACAAGCAGCAGCAAUCCUCGCAACGGCCGAAGCUGAGACCGCCGAAGCCGCCGAAGAGGCUAACCCCGGCGUCACGAAUGCGCGAUACCUCGACUCGAACUUGAAUAUUCAACAAGAUAAGAUUCUGGACUCGGAUCAGAAUGGUGUCAUGAUGGAGUGGGAGAGUGAUAUCAUGAAGAAAUCUGCCGUUGCGCUGCUCCCGCGGCCCGGGUUGAAGGUGCUUAAUAUCGGGCACGGGAUGGGGAUUGUGGAUGGUUUUUUUCAGGAACGGGAACCUUCCGAGCACCAUAUUAUCGAGGCGCAUGCGGAUGUUGUUGCUGAGAUGAAGAAGCGUGGUUGGGAUUCUAAGCCCGGUGUCACUAUUCACGAGGGUAGGUGGCAGGAUAUUUUGCCUGGACUUGUGGGUGAGGGUGUUACCUUUGAUGCGAUCUACUAUGAUACCUUUGCCGAAUCUUAUGCGGAUUUCCGGGACUUCUUUUCUGAGCAGGUUAUUGGGUUGCUUGAGCAGGAGGGGGGGCAAGUGGGGGUUCUUUAA